CGCGCAGAGAGCGAUGAGAGUCCGCUAAACACGCCAGAGAAACACGUACCUGGAUAAAGGAGCCCGGAAAGUGAACACCGUGGGAGGAGGAGGAAGCGUUGAGUCGCUUUUAAGCGGAGAGAAGAAAAAAAAAAACCCAGAAAGUGAGUUUUUACCAGCAACUGAGGGGAUUUAAUAAUUGGACACGAUUCGUGAGUGGGACCGUGGCAGAUGUAAGAUGACAUCGAUAAAGGAGGAUUAAACUGCAGGGAUGUUAAGAAAAUGAUGAGAACAAUAUCCACACAGUAAAGGAGGGACUCCGGAGAACACAGGGAUGGCUUGAUUUCUCCGCCACGGAGGAAGCUGGUGGGACAAAACAGUCACUCAUGUUUCUGUUGAAGAGAAAGAAAGUUUGCUGCGCUUUUCUCGGAUAUAAGUGUACUCUGUGAGAGGCAUCGCUGCUUGUGACUGUUUUAUCACAGCCCGCCCGGUUUGGCUCAUUAUACAUAGAUAUAAAAAACUGUCCACAAUGUCCAAACCCGUGUUAAAGAAGAACCACUGGACCUCCAGAGUGAACGAAGUCUCCGUCUCCAAAGAUGCCCGCGGUGACUUGAAUGUGGCGCUGCGCGGCGGCGCGGAGAACGGAGAGUUCGCCUACAUCGGCCAAGUUAACGAGGAUGUGGUGCUUUACAAAAGUGGAACAUUAAACGAAGGGGAACUUCUGCUGGAGGUGGAGAACCUCUCGAUCUCGGGAUUACCUCUGUACGACGUGCAGACCGUGAUAAAAAACUGCAAAGGUCCCGUCAGGUUGAAAACUGUCAGGCAAGGAAGCAAGCUGAACAAGGACCUGAAACAUUAUCUGAGCCAGCGCUUCCAGAAGUCGUCGCCUGACCACGAACUGCAGCAGACCAUUCGAGACAACCUCUAUCGUCACGCCGUGCCUUGUACUACCCGCGCCCCACGUGAAGGAGAAGUUUCUGGCGUGGACUACAACUUCCUCUCAGUAGAGGACUUCCUUGAAUUGGAGAAGAGUGGAACCCUGUUGGAGAUAGGAACAUAUGAAGGUAACUAUUAUGGGACGCCCAAGCCACCGGUGCAGCCCCCCAGUGGGAAAGUGAUUAGCAGUAGCGGUAGCGGCGGUGAUGCCCCACUGCCAGACGGGCUCAGCAGUAGCCUGCCGGGCUCGCAGCACUCCACUCCCCGACGCACCAAGUCCUACAAUGACAUGCACAAUGCUGGAAUAGGGCCUGGAGAGCAGCAGCAGGAGGACGACGAGGACCUCCCUGACAUGAACAGCAGCUUUACAGGAGACUCCAGUGAAUUAGACGAGAUUCAUCACUCCGUGCGCCCCUUCGCCCCCCGCCAGAGUGAACCGUCCUACCCUGGGACGACCCCCUCACCACCGGCCACCACGGAGAGCACACAGCAGACACACUCUCACCUGAGCCAUCCUCCCCCAGAGGACCCACUGGGACCUCUGCCGGACAACUGGGAGAUGGCCUACACCGAGAAUGGAGAGGUCUACUUUAUAGACCACAAUACAAAGACCACCUCCUGGAUAGACCCUCGGUGCCUGGACAAACCUCAGAAACCCCUGGAAGAAUGUGAAGACGAUGAAGGGGUACACACAGAGGAGCUGGAUAAUGACUUGGAACUUCCUCCAGGAUGGGAGAAAAUAGAUGAUCCAGUGUAUGGGGUCUACUAUGUUGAUCAUAUCAACAGGAAGACCCAGUAUGAAAACCCAAUGCUGGAGGCUAAAAGGCGCAGGCAGCUGGAACAGCAGCAGCCUCAGCAGCCUCAGCCCCAAAGCCAGCAGCCACCUGAAGGUGAGCGCUACAUCCGAGAAUGGAUUGAGGACUCAACAUUGGCAGGGGCUCCAUUGGCCAACUAUGCUGCCAACCACCAGGAAACCUACAGGGACCCUCAGACAGGUCCAACGGUGCCCAAUGCGAUGGGACAGAAACGAGGAAAGCCUUUCUUUACUCGGAACCGAUCUGAACUGAAGGGGACUUUCAUCAAUACCAAACUGAAGAAGAGUCGCCGGGGAUUUGGUUUUACUGUUGUAGGAGGCGACGAGCCGGAUGAGUUCCUGCAGAUAAAGAGCCUGGUCCUAGAUGGACCUGCCGCCCUUGAUGGCAAAAUGGAGACGGGUGACGUGAUCGUGAGUGUUAAUGACACCUGUGUGCUGGGCUACACUCAUGCCCAAGUUGUGAAGAUCUUCCAGUCCAUCCCAAUUGGUUCCAUGGUCAACUUGGAGCUGUGCCGUGGCUACCCACUGCCUUUUGACCCCGAUGACCCCAACACCAGCCUGGUUACCUCAGUGGCUAUUCUCGACAACAAAGAGCCCAUCAUUGUCAACGGCCAGGAGGCCUCUAACAGCUACGACUCGCCGUCCAGCCACGGCAGCCAGAAUAACAACAGCGUCCCGACCAAUGGCGGGGCUCCCCUCAACGGCCUCCCCCGACCCCACAGCCCCUCCACAGAGGUGGCUUCCGAUACCUCUUCUCAGCACGGCUACCCCAGCGAUGUGGUCACCCUGGCCUCAUCCAUUGCAACACAACCUGAGCUCAUCACUGUACACAUGGAGAAAGGAGACAAGGGCUUCGGCUUCACUAUUGCCGACAGUCCCGGAGGCGGAGGGCAGAGAGUGAAGCAGAUCGUGGACUACCCUCGCUGCCGCGGCCUCAGGGAGGGCGACAUUAUCGUGGAAGUGAACAAGAGAAAUGUGCAGAGCAUGUCACACAACCAGGUGGUCGACCUGCUCAGUAAGUGUCCCAAAGGCAGUGAGGUCACCAUGCUGGUGCAGAGAGGAGUGGCACCUGCAAAGAAGAGCCCUAAACUGUUGUCAAGGAAGGACAGUCAGAACAGCUCCCAGCAUAGCGUUUCCAGCCACCGGAGCGCCCACACAGACUCGCCCAUGCACCCGUCCCUGGCGCCCCCUCUCAGCGAGAGCAGCGCUCCCCCGCCUCCCUCGCAGCCCUUGCCAGGCCUCCCAUCUCAGGACUCCCCAGCAGAUGGGACCAUCCAGAGAAAACCGGACCCCUUUAAGAUCUGGGCCCAGUCCAGGAGCAUGUAUGAAAGUAGGCUUCCAGACUUCCAGGAGCAGGACAUUUUCCUGUGGAGGAAGGACACAGGGUUCGGCUUCAGGAUCCUCGGAGGCAAUGAGCCAGGAGAGCCUAUAUACAUUGGCCACAUAGUGAAGUACGGUGCGGCAGAUGAGGACGGACGCCUGCGAUCUGGUGAUGAGCUGAUAUGCGUGGAUGGCACGGCUGUAGUGGGGAAAUCGCACCAACUCGUGGUGCAACUGAUGCAGCAGGCUGCCAAGCAGGGCCACGUCAACCUCACUGUGCGACGCAAAACCAGCUACGCCGUUAAAGCGGAGGGAGACGUGCCUCCAUCACCGGCGUCCUCGCACCACAGCAGCACCCAGGCGCCCAGUCUGACGGAGGAUAUCGGGAAGCGCACACCACAAGGCAGCCAGAACUCCCUCAACACCGUCAGCUCCGGCAGCGGCUCCACCUCCGGCAUCGGCAGCGGUGGUGGAGGCGGCGGGGCGGGGGGCAGUGGUAACGCCGUGGUCGCCGCUGCAGCUGCCACCACCUCCUCUCAGCCCCACAACUCCACCGCCAGCGUCACCUCCUCCACUCUGCAGCCCUACGACGUGGAGAUCCGGCGCGGCGAGAACGAAGGGUUCGGUUUUGUCAUCGUGUCGUCGGUGUCCCGGCCUGAAGCUGGCACCACCUUCGCUGGAAAUGCAUGUGUGGCAAUGCCCCACAAAAUAGGGCGCAUCAUCGAGGGGAGUCCAGCAGACCGCUGUGGCAAGCUGAAAGUCGGUGAUCGAAUCCUGGCAGUUAACGGAUGCUCCAUCACCAACAAGUCCCACUCCGACAUUGUGAACCUCAUCAAGGAGGCCGGAAACACCGUCACACUACGCAUCAUUCCUGGCGACGAGUCAUCAAAUGCAUCUUUGUUGACGAAUGCAGAGAAGAUCGCCACUAUAACUACCACUCACACACCUCAGCAACAGGCUGCACCCGAGGCUAGGAACAACACCAAACCAAAACAGGAAUCUUUUGAAUUUAAACCCCCACAAGGUCCCCCUCCCCAGCCCCCCACACAGCAAGUCUCAGCUCAGGAUGCUGAGUUCUACUCGGUGGACCUGGAGCGAGACAACAAAGGCUUCGGCUUCAGCCUGCGAGGAGGCAGAGAGUACAACAUGGACCUGUACGUGCUGAGGCUAGCUGAGGACGGAGCAGCUGUACGCAACGGAAAGAUGAGGGUCGGGGACGAAAUCUUGGAGAUCAACGGCGAGAGCACCAAGGGCAUGAAGCACGCGCGAGCCAUCGAGCUCAUCAAGAAUGGAGGCCGACGCGCCCAUCUGGUGCUCAAGAGGGGUGACGGCUCUGUGCCUGAAUAUGACGGCAGCCCCAACGACAGCAGCAGCGCAGCCAACCCAGCCUCAGGGUUACAAAACGCUGCGGAAGUGAGCACCCUGCCCCCAACCAAUGCGCCAUCAGAGUCAAGCUACCCACCAGAACCUCACCAACCAUCCCGGAGCAAGCAGGAACCGAGCCGCCACUCUAAAGGCACUGGCAAGCACCACCAUUCCAAACACCGCCACCACUCCCCCCACAAGAAAACCAGCAAGGGGAGGAAGUCCACGGGGAAGAGUGCGUCCAAGCCGCACAAGAAGAAGGACGACAAGGGGCGUGACGGCCACCGCCACCAUUCUAGCGGGAACCACCGUAGCCGACACCGCUCACCUGAUAAGGGGCAAAGUCGGUCACGUAGUGCAGAAAACACCCUGGAUGACCGACACGGGGGGCACCGCCACCGUGGUCGUUCCCCAGACAGGCGACAUGGUCACCACUCCCCCUCUCACCAUCGCCACCGCUCGCCCUACCGCUCUCCUUACCGCUCGCCUCACCGCCACAGGUCCCCCCACCGCUCUCGCCACCACUCUCCCACCAGACGCCGCGCCAACUCCUCAGACCCCUACCGCCGGCAGGGCUCUCCAGUGAGACAGAGCCGCGGCAAUGAGAAGCCCAGUGGAAAUGAGGCUGCACUGAAUGAGCCAGCAAAGUCUCCCGAGCCCAGCCUCCCUUUUGAGGACAGCAUCCUGCGUGAGCCCCCGGCCCUGGACCGCCUAAACAGGGAGGCCACGCUUCCAAUUUUGCGCAGGGAGGACCGCCUGUUUGAGGACGACAGCCUGCUGAUGAGAGCCUCCUCCAUGGAGAGGGCCUACAGGGGGGACAGCCUGCUGAAGGACGUGACAUCGCGUGGCCUGAGAGACGCCUACAGAGACACCACCUUGCCCAGAGUGCGCACCCCUGACUCGGAUUCAGCCUACAAGCGCUACAGCUCGCUGCUGAGGGGACGAUCACCUGAGAGAAUGGAGAGGGACGGGCGCUACGCCAGCCGAGGUAGCUCCCCUGAGCCUCAGUACCGAGCCCGCAGCCUGGGACGAGACAUCUCCCCGAUCAGGAGCUCCAGAAGGGACGACUCAGAGGAUGAAGAGGAUGAUGACAAUUUCAUAGCGGCUAAGGUUAGAGAGUACUACAGCACACUCCAGACCAACACCAGUCGCUCAUCCAAGCCCGUGCUCCCUGAGCCCAAGAAGACCUACAAGGAGAAUCCCAAAGACCUGAGCAUCUGAUUGGACAGCUGUCAGCCAAUCACAGAAACCACCCACAGAACACCUCAAGUACUCACUCCCAUUAACCACUUGGUUCUACAGAAAUGCACCCACUUGUGUACAACAUGCACACACACACACACACACACACACACACACACACACACACACACACACACACACACACACACACACACACACACACACACACACACCAGACAACUGAUAUGCACUCACGCACACGCUAUAUAACAAUGUUGAGUUACUAACAAGACAGUGAUUCCAAAAUGACUUUUGAAAGCAUUUUUUCUUUCUUUUUUAUUGUAUCUUUUAUUUUCCCUUGUUUUUCUUUAAGCAUUCUACAUUUACAGUAACUCUGACUUUUCCAGAAAAUGUAAAACCAUAAAAAACAAUGAUGUGCCUAACAGUUCCAUUAACAAGCAACACAUUCUUUUUGAUUUGAUAUGUGACGGGCAUUUUGUUGCCCCACUGUCAGAUGAUGAAAUGUAUGUACUUUUCCACAAGGAUCCCAUGGAAGUACCGCGCACCUCGAUCGCCGUAACUGGUGCUCACGAUGAUGCUGUGCAUGUCUUUACCGGUUUCAAUGUCUCUGUCUCUUUCUCUUUCUGUCUCUCUCUCUACUCUCCUGCCUUUGUUCUCUCUCUUUCUGUCUCUCUCUCUUUCCUCCCAGUGCCACUGUUUUUUAGACAUUUGACCAGACUAUAGCACAAGCCUGCAUUUGUUUGUAUAUUUUUGACAGUUUGCAGUAUGUGUACAUUCAGAGGUGAUCAUUUUAAAUGAAUGAAGGGAAAAUUAAAAGUUAAACUAUGAUGAUGAUGAUGAUGUUAAAAUAAAAUAAUAUAUUCAACAAAUGAA